GUCACAGAUGUCGAGGUCGGCGGCUCUCUCAGCGAUUCCAGUCCUCCUUAAAACAGCAGCUGCACAGGAAGUACACCACAUCUGUAGUUCGUGAAGGCAGCAGGACAGUGAGCAGGUAGAGCCUGUCAAUGAGAUCCCUGGGGAGCCUGCGAGAGUCCGGGAGGUAGACUUUUGGGACAGUGUCUUAACUGCUCACGGCGUCUCUCCUGUUUAUCAACUUUAAAUGGGGAUCACAAGGACUUUUGACCACUCUUAUUCCGUACUUUCUCUACUCUUUCUACUCCGCACUCGCUGAUGAGUUUGACAAACGAUUCAUUUUCCCUCGGUGUUCUCAGGAGGAUCGUAUCCAAUUUCUCAUAAGUGGAGCGGAGACACUGAACUCGGGGAAUGUGUGUGUUUUUUUUCUUCAGCGUGUAGGUUUAAAUGAGGACCGACUCUAGAAAAAGUUGAUGGAGCUGUUAAAGACGUCGCUUUGGUUUCGGACCCACUUUAAUUACGGAGUCAUACGCGAAGGAAUCAACGGUCCAUUUGGGUCGGUUAAUAAUUAGAUAGAGCUCUACACUCAAGUGAACAUCUUCCUCGAGGAUUAUCAUCGCAACUAAAGAGAAAUAUUACACAACUUCUUGGCACCCUGCAUGAUCUGUCAACAUGCCGUAUAACUUUCCGGCGGCAACCUGUAACCCAGCCUUUGAAGUUCAAGUCGUUGCUAUUCAGCGUUUCAUGUGGAUUUAUCCAGAAAAUGUGGCGCCUACAGGACGCGCUGUGUUUAUCAACUCGGGUUUGCUCUCAAAAAUGUGAUUGUUAGAUACAGUGAUCGGUGUACACUGUAAUAUUAUAUCAGUAGUUGAGUUGCGGAUGAAGAUCAAUACACUGUUUCCAAGACCUGCCCCGCUGGGAGAGGAUACAACAGUUCACCUAGAACGCAAAACACGUUCCUAAAUGAGGACAUUCAUGUUGUGUCUGUCCUGAUGAGCAGCCAAUGCACACUUCAAGCUCUAACACAACACAGCGUGUCUUCACGGUGUAUUUGCGCAUGCAAUGUUUCGCCACCCACAUUAAUGACACUGGAUAAAAGUUCAUUAUAGCGUGUGUUUUUUUUUUCAUCUCUGGAGACAGUUUAGUGUAAGGCUCCAUGUGGGCCGCUGAGUGUUAUGUAUUUCUGUAACGUGUCGAGCUUGAAUAUUAACUCUGGUGCUGAAUGGAAGUAUUGGGACAUUCACGCUUGAGUUACGAUGGCAGUCAUCCAGCUUUAAAAGUUUGGAUUGUAUCCGUUUCGCUGUAGUCGUCGAGGCAGAAAGAAUAAACGAGACGUGUAUCAAUACAGAUAUAUUUUCUCCGUUUUGUCUCUCUGCGGUGCUUGCCUGCUUUGAUAAGUCCACCAUGUGCAGCCGGGCACCGCCGCUGCAGCCGAGGCCAUGACCGUCCCCCAGCGGCGCCUGGCCGGGCUCUGGCCGUGGCUGCUCAUGGCGGCCCUGCAGGUGGUGCUGGGCCAGCCGGGCCUGGAGUCCGAGCGGCCGGCCCUCCGAGCGGUCAUCAUGGUGACACUGCUGAAGCAGGAGCCGACGCGGAAGCCCAUCACCCUGGAAGGGGUGUUCGUGGGAGGUAGUGCCGGCAACGCGGAGGGAAAACUAAUGCAGUAUCACCCUCUGUCUCUGUGCAACACGAGUGAGGAUGAACGACAAGAGAGUGACUUCAUCACCAUUGUCAAACUGGAGCACAGGGUACCUCGCUGUCUGCCGCUGCUCGAUAAGGCUCGCAUGGCACUGGAGAAAGGAGCUCAGGCCGUUAUCUUCGACGUCAGCGAUGAUGCCAAUGCUGCUGCUGAGCUGCGAGAAACAGACUCUCUUCCCCGUCCAGUCGUGCUGGUGCAAGCUAAGGAUGCUGAGGAGUUGAUGAGUCUGGUCAACAAGAACGAGGAGGCCAAAGUUCAAAUCAAGAUCCUGCUGGAGCAGCACAGAUGGCCACAUUAUGAUGUGGGUAUCCUGCUCACCAUCGUCCUGGCUAUUCUGACCAUCGUCCUAAUCUUUGCUUUCCGCUACAAGUGCAAAUCCAACAGAACCUGGGACUCUGUCCAUCAGCAGACCAUGCGGGCCAUUAAUCGAUUGGAGACCAAAACCUACAACUCGCAGGGCUGCUCGGCCUCACAGCGCCACCGUGCAGCCUGGGGCUCAGCCAGCAGCUCCAACUCAAGUCCGGUCUGUGCUAUCUGCCUGGAGGAGUUCCAGGAUGGACAGCAUCUGAGGAUCAUCUCUUGCGCUCAUGAGUUCCAUAAAGACUGCGUCGACCCCUGGCUUCUGCAGCACCGCACCUGUCCCCUCUGCAUGCACAACAUCAUGGGUGAGGACAAGCAUAUUUCCAGUACAGAGCGGCAGCCCCAGAGGAGCAGGCACCAGCAGAGUUCGGAGCAGAUGCAGGGCUUUCUGCACUCUCAGCCUUACAGCAGCCCACGCAACCACCCCUUCCCCCAACAUGACAUCCCCUUCUCUAUGAGGCCCCACUACCCUCGCGGACCCUCUGGGCACUAUCCCUCCCUCGGCCACUACAGUGGUUCUUCUCCCAUGGACGCCCAAACAUUACGUUUCCUCGCCAGCAGGCCGCUCGGCUCCUCCUGCGGGUACCACCUUCCUGCGGAGGGUCCCGGGAGGCCCCACAGGAUCGGAGGUAACUGCAGGACUUCCACUCACCACUACACCCCCCGUCGAUCCUGCCACAACUAUCGCUCGUCCUGUCCGGCUCAGCGCAGCGCGUCCAGCUCAAGACUGCACCACACCACCUCCGUCGCGCCACAGAACCGGGGAGCGCCACCCCACAGCCGGCAGGAAGAUGGCAGCUGCUCCGGCGGCAGCUACCACACAGAACGCAGCGGAUACUUAGCCGAUGGGCCGGCAAGUGACUCCAGCUCAGGGCCGUGCCACGGCUCCUCCAGUGACUCGGUUCUCAACUGUACUGAUGUGUCCCUGCAGGGGGUUUAUGGCAGCUGGUCCACCUUCCGUAGCUCUCUGAGUAGUGACUAUGAUCCGUUUGUAUAUUAUGGGCCAGGUCCUGGGCGCGCCCCCCGCAGGAACAGCCUGGAGGCCGGGGCCCAGGCCCGGCCGAGGUCUUUGGAUUCUGUGGUGAACAAAGCGGGCUGCACCGAAGAACAGCCACAGACUGUGUUCAGCCACAUCCACUACCACCGCCACAGACACCACCACUAUGAGGAGGGGGAGCACAGCCAGGGCCCGAGCAGAGGCUCAGACGAGGAGCAGGGGGCAGCCGCCGCCGUCGCUGCCGCAGCCGCACCCGCUGCCCUCGUACUGGAUAAAGACUCACCUGUAUGCCCUCCCAAGCACAGCCCCUGCCAGUGCCCAAAGCCGGACCCCACAGAUCGGCCGGGCCCCGGGACAGAGGGUCAGGACCAUGACCCCGGCAGCCCUACGGGACCCUCUGUCCUGGUGUCCCCGAUCCCCUUACAGCUCCAGCCUCACUGCUGCCACCAGGGACACGGACACCCUCCCAAUCCUCGUGGGCGAGUGGGUGGCUGUGUGCUGGAAGGCCCCUCUGUCCGCUUCCACCAGAGCCUGGAUCUACAGGACGACCGUAGCGUCCACAUCCACUACGGCCAAGGCCCGGGCUUCUGCUGCUCGCCCCCCGAGCUACGCCCCGCCUUGCUCCCCGUACCUCUCAUUCUGGACUCUGGAGGUAUGGAGGAGUGGCCUUGCUGUGCCGGGGCACAUGUUGUGUGGCAAAAGCGGGUGCAGCAGGCUCGCUCGGAGCCUCAGCUGCUGGGGCCUGGGACCUCUAUGGACAGGCCACCCUGCAGGUUCCACCACAGCCCUGCUGCUGACCGCAACACAGACAUUUGUUUAUACUGCCAAACAUUACACCACAAUCAGGGUGGGUGUCUCAUUUCUUUAUCUUUAAUAGCAUGAGGUUAAUUCCAGUUUAUUACAACUUUUUUCAUUGUGUUGGACAUCAGUUCUAUUUGUUAUGAGCGCAUUGACUCACUAAAGUAACCACUAAGAUCUGGAAACAUGGUGACAUCACUACAAAAGUCUGAGAUACUAAACAGUCAGACGAUUAGAGAGGUUUUAAACAAACUCAAAACUUAUCCUGCUCAAGAUUACUAGAUUAUUUCAAGGAAAACACCAAAUUUAACAAAGCAUGGAGCGAGAGGGCUGAUGAUAAUAACUUUGACAUUAACAUUCAAAAGAAGAAAAAUAAGACCAGAGUUGCAAUAAAUCUGGAUAAUUCCUUUUAAACAUGCGUAAUAUUUGCAGAUUGUUUUGAUGUUCUUUGUUUUCUCUGAAGUCUUAAGGUGACUCGAGCUGUUUCUGUGUCCACAGGAUCAGAAGAGGAGUCUGGCGUGUGAGAACUUGUUGCAUCCCCCAUUAUCACGCUGCUACACAGGAGCCAGAAUGGACAAGCCUCUCACUGGCUAUCACUCUCAUACCUUCCACAUAAUUCCACCAGCAAUGCCUUCGUUCGGACGUCUCCCCCGGCUUCCCCCCCUUUCAGGAUUCAAAGCUCACGCAUGCUGAAAUGCUCUUUCAGUUCAUUUGGAUAUCAUUUAAAGUGACAAUGACCCCUACUAUAUUCUAAUAAUUUUAUUUCUAUUAAAUUAUGCUAAAAUCUUAGGAUAAUUCUGGAAUGCGCCCUCCUUAAUAUAUUGAGUGAUUUGAAUGUUUGGAGUCAGGGAGUUGCUGCGGAAACGACACGUACACCACAAAGGGGAAAAAGUGUUUGUGUGUUUCUCCUCGUCACUUUUAGGAAGAAUAUUCAUUACCGACAUGAUAUAACAAAUUCCCGUGCUCCUUAGUGACAACCAACGAAUGAUCCUUGCUUAGGGUGUUGAGCCCUCAUGAAGUGAGACUCCAUUUCUGCGUCGCUCACUCUAUGACAGAAUAACUUGAUUUAUCUUAGAGGUACUUACUUUACUAUCACUCACGUGAUCUUCGUCUUCCUUCGCUGAGUCCAGUCUCAGCUGAGAGAAGCUUUUCUCUCCAGCCUACCUCAGCUCAGAUUUCUUAACAUGCCUCACACACAGGGGGGGGGGGGGUCUUUAAAGGUACUGCUGUAGUGAUUUUUUUUUUUUUUUUUAUCACAACCAUGUAGCUCCCAUAAACUCAACUAUAAGUUAUCCUGUUGGCAGUCUGACCUGUCCAAACGGAGAGAAAGGUUGAUUCUCAGCCCAUCCAACAACGAGCAUUCACUGAGGUGGCUGAGCCUUGCAUGGGCCUUAUUUUCAAUAUUUCAAUAAUGGCAGCUGUUUUCAACAUGUUUGUUUGUGUUUUAGAUCAUUUCUGUUUUAAUUUUUUUUUUUUGUAGUCUGUAAUUUUUUUUUUUUUUUUCACUUUUCAAAAUGAACCAGUUUGACUGAAUUAUGUCGCCGUCAUUACAAGCUAAAGUCUUGUUCUUGUCAUUUCUCUUGCCAAUGGUUACUUCACAUGUUUGACCUCAGUGCUGUUAAACUCCCUGAUCACAGUGAAUGGGUGAACCAUCUUCUCUGCUCCUUCACUCAGCCCAAUAUUGUAUGAUGUCCUCAGAAUAAGGACAUAACCUUUGUCUUCCAGCAACUAAAGCUCUAAGAAAAAAAAAAGGUUCUUCAUUUCAGCCAUAGAAAAGACAUAGUGCCUAUUUAAUUCUAUAACUGGAGUAAAGCCAUGCUAGGUAGACCUUACAGUCCCAAGCACCAGCUCUGUCUGUUGCCUUAGCACCAGUUUCGUGAAAGCUUGGUGUGCUUUUCCCAUGAUUUCAAACUCGAAUGGGUAGAGCCUGAGAAAUAUCUCAGGAACAAUCAAACACUGGAAAAAUGGGAAGAAUUCAUCAUAUAGUUAUAGUAAUGAUACCCGAGUCGGUGAAAAUUCCUUUGUCAUGGUAAAUGUGCAUUGCCAAUCCCUGCUUUUGAGCUUACAGCACUUGAAGGAAGCUCCACCUUAAAUCAGAAAUCAGAUACUUCACAGAGGUUUUUUUUUAAACAUUCUGAUAUUUAGUUUUGACAACAUGUAAUCAUCUCUCUAAAUUUAAACUUUUGUUACCUACUUUUCCCUCUGCUCCCAUGUAGCCACUCUAACAAACGUUAAAUGUGUUUGUAUCCCCCCCAAAAAAAUUGACCUCAUCAUGCCGUCAAGGAUGGCUCUCUUAUUUUCGGCUUAACCACAGACUUCUUCGUGCUCACAUGUACUAGAUAAUCUGAGAUCAGAAAAUUCUGUUUUAGCGUGGACUUUCCCUUAAAGGCUCAGUGAAAAUGUGAAAGGAUUUUUCUUGGCAGUCUGACUGCAGAUACAGCUUAGCACAAACAGCAGACAAAGAGCUCACGGGUACUGCAAUGUAACCAGUAGCACUUACUAAAGCCUCAUAUGUGCCUUAUUCAUUCAAAUCCCUCACCAUCCUAAAUCAGGAAUCUCCCAACACACUUAGCUCUUACCUGUCUAACCAAAGAGGCAAAAUCUUGAACACAGUGAAUAUGAAUUUAUAGUAUGUGUUGUGCCUUCUAUCCUGCACCAUCCCUUUCCUUGAACCUCAGACUAAUUAAAUGUACUUUGAAUGGCAAGCGAGAACAUGUUAGAAUUGAAGUGGAAAUCAUUUCGGAGUCAAUAUUUUUGGACAACCAUGCAGAAAGUUUCACCUGCAUUCCCUCAUACUAAUACCUCACUUUGAAUGUGUCGACGCAGUCCUCCUGCUAAAGUAUCAGGGUUUCCUUGUCUGUUAUUUUUCGUGCCCAAACAGUCUCCUAGACUGAAAUGGAAAUGACUGAAUUACAAGCAGCACUUUGGCUUAAGCAGAUGUUAUAUAUAUAUAUAUAGAUAUAUAUAUAAAAAAAAGAAUAAAACUCAUAGUAUUAAUUUAAAACCAGCCCAAAACUAUCAGCACGUGAAAAAUAGCAUCAGCGUCAGUGAUGCUGCAGAAUAUCUGAUGUGAUUUCAUCCUGUUCAAGAUCUUUCUCUUUGUGUCGUUUAUGUGUUUAUUAUUGUUAUGUUUUGCAAGAAUAAUGAGCUGAAACUGCCUUUUCUAAUAGAGUUAAAAAAAAAAAAAAUCCCUCCAGAACUCGUUAAGGGAUAUGUCAGUAUAUUUUGGAUACUUUGUGUACAAAAGAGAACAACAAAAAACAGAAAUGAAAUAGUGUUGUAUUUUAUAUAUAAUAGAACAUUUCAAUAUAGUGACAUGUCACUAAUAUAUUUAUUUACUAAUAUAUUUAUCCAUUUUGUCCAGGUUUGAAAGAGUGGUUUCUGUAUAGACUAAAUGUUUCUAUAUGGAAACUGACCAGUGCCAUCACUAUCAA